AUGGCUUCACCAAUAGACCUUGAACCUCCUAAUUCACUAUCUUCUUCUGCUCCGUCUUUCGCCAUAAGACCUAAUAAUAAUAAUAAUAAUAAUAAUCAUCACAACAACAUCAGCUUCUUGCGAAGCAUCUCAACUAAAGAACCUUUGAAUUUCUCCGAACAACUUCCCUAUAGUCCGCCUCGUUUAAGCACUUCAGCACUCCCUUCCAAUACAUACUCCCAGCCUUCAACUCCUCGUCUUUCGUUCACACUUAACAAUCCAUCAACAAAGUCAGUAGAUGACGAUCACCCAGAUUUUCAUCAAACGAGUUAUAGGUGCAUUUCCUCUGUCCUGAAAAAAGACGGACAGAUCUUGUCCGUUGCUGUAUCCAACGGUCUUGUAUACACGGGGUCUCAAGCUAAUCUAAUACGCGUGUGGAAGUUGCCAGAGUUUACUGAGUGUGAUCAUCUGAAGACGAGGGCAUCGUCCAUGGUGGUGUCGUUACAAGUGUCGAAUGACAUGAUUUACGCAGCCUAUGCUGAUUGUAAGAUUCGAGUUUGGCGUAGGACUUGGGAAGGUGUAAUCAAGCAUGUACGAGUUGCAACUAUUCCGAAGGUUGGGAGUUAUGUUCGAAGCUAUAUCUCCGGUAGAGAUAAAAUGAUGAAGCAUAUGGGACCAAUAUCAUCACUAGCAAUUAACAUAUCAGAUGACAUUCUCUAUUCAGCUUCCCUUGAUAAAACAGUAAAAGUAUGGCGAAUUUCGGACCUCAAAUGCAUAGAAACAAUCCAAGCUCAUAACGAUCCGAUAAACGAUAUUGUUGUUGGUGAUGAUGGUGUUCUCUAUACUGCUUCUGAUGAUGCCACGGUUUGUGUAUGGCGUCGUAAUUUCUGUAGUGGUGAUAGGCCACAUUCCCUCACUGUUACCUUACCAGCAAAAUGUUCACCAGUUAAGACAUUAGCCUUAACUGCUGAUGGUGGGGUGCUUUAUGGAGGAUGUAGUGAUGGUUACAUUCAUUAUUGGUUAAAAGGUUGGUUUUCAGGGCAAUUACAAUAUGGAGGUGCACUUCUUGGACAUACACAUGCUGUUAUGUGUUUGGCUAGUAUGGCUAAUUAUUUGGUCAGUGGUUCAGCUGACUCAACAUGUAGGGUGUGGUUUAGGGAGCAACAAGAUUGUCAACAUGUUUGUGUAGCCAUUUUGCAAGGCCAUAGAGGGCCUAUUAGGUGUGUUGCCGCGUUCCCUAUACUAGUGAACGAGGAGAAUGAAGAUGGUUGCACCGUUUGCACAGGAAGUCUUGAUGGAGUACUCAAGAUGUGGCGUGUGAGACGCACUAGCAUUAGCAAUAAGGGCAAAGGUUCUUCACAGAAUGCUUGCGAAUAUUUUGAAAUCGCUUAAAUGUAG